CCGGAAGUGUGUGUGUGUGUGCCGAUGGUUUCUGAUCGUUUUUUUCCCUUCUUUCAAAAUACACACUUAGAAUAGGACGGACGUUUUAAAGGCUGGCUGGCUUUAAUAAUGAAAUCUGAUGUGUGCGCUGUACUUCCGCAGAUUUGGGGAAACAAAGCGACAAUCUGUCGGCUGAAUUAUUUCGGUUAACCCUGUGGAUCAGCUGUCCAGCUCAUCAUGUCAGUGUGAGGUCCAGUCUCUAAAGGUAGAGCAGAAUGCAGACUUCAGGGCACCGGCUGCGGGAUGUGGAGCAGCACCACCCGCUGCUGUCCGGCGGCGAGGAGGAGGUGUCCGCGGGCCGCGUCUGGUUCAUCCAGGACGGCUGCGGCAUGGUGUGCGCGUCCAUGACCUGGUUCCUAGUGAUGUACGCGGAAUUCGUGGUGAACUUCGUCAUGCUUCUGCCCUCCAAAAACUUCUGGUACACGCUCAUCAACGGUGUGGCCUUCAACUUCCUGGCCGUGCUGGCGCUAGCGUCGCACCUGCGCACAAUGCUGACCGACCCGGGAGCUGUACCGAAGGGAAACGCCACUAAGGAGUACAUGGACAGUCUACAGCUGAAACCCGGGGAGGUUAUUUACAAGUGUCCGAAAUGCUGCAGCAUCAAACCUGAGAGAGCUCAUCACUGCAGCAUCUGCAAGAGAUGCAUCAGGAAAAUGGACCACCACUGUCCCUGGGUGAACAACUGCGUUGGAGAGAACAACCAGCGAUACUUCGUGCUCUUCACUAUGUACAUCGCGUCGAUCUCCCUGCACGCCCUCUGUCUCAGUGGGUUCCACUUCUUCACCUGCGUCAACGUCCAGUGGAACGAGUGCAGUGAUUUCUCCCCCCCGGUGGCCGUCAUGCUCCUCAUCUUCCUGUGUCUGGAGGCUCUGCUGUUCCUCACCUUCACCGCCGUCAUGUUCGGCACCCAGAUUCACUCCAUCUGCAACGACGAGACGGAAAUCGAGCGUCUGAAGAACGAGAAGCCGACGUGGGAGCGGCGAGUGCGCUGGGACGGGAUGAAGGCCGUGUUCGGAGGCCCGCCGUCCCUCCUGUGGUUCAACCCUUUCGCUGGACUGAGACUGCGGCGCCUCCUGAUGGUCCACUCCCGGAAGGGCGGCUCCGAGUUCGCCGUCUGAGUCGACGCAAGCUCGCGUUUCUCCUCCUCGUGCCUGCGUGCCUGUUAAGACCCGACACGUAGAGGACACGCGGCACGACGACGCAGGUACGGCGAACGUGUAAUGAAACCCGAGGCCGAGUGAAGGACACGGGGCCUGGACAUGACUUUAGAGACUACCUGUUUAAAACCACUGGACCUCAAAUGAAGGAUUAUUGGCUUCUCUUGGCUGGGUCUGAAUAGAUUAUUAUUAUUAUUUUUUUUUGUUUUUGUUGUUGCCUUUUUUUUUUUAAGGACUCUCUUAAUGUAUUUUGUUCGAGGCAGAACUUUAAGUGAAAUCCUGAACAAUCUGAAGUCAGUGUCCGGAUCCAACCAGAGUCAAACAACCGAGCUGAAACGUCUUAACUCGGCAAGAACCUUCAUAUGCAUUAAGAUUUCCUCUGUAACAAAAACGCGCAAACGUGAAUUAUAGAUUAUAGGAUCACGAAACAUAAACGACGGCUUAUGUAACUUCUUAAUAUACGGUAGUAGAAAUGAUGCUAAACCUCAUUGACGUUUUCUUUUUUUUUUUUCCGUUUAAUGGCACUGAAUCUUUAGACAGAUCUCUAUUUAAAACUGUUUACCUUCAGCGACGCUACAUCCGAGAUCGCCGCAGACGCCGAAUGUAGAGCGAUUCCUUUAGAGAACCGUGCUGUAGAGAUAAAGCAUGAGUCUUUGCACACUCGAGUCCGUUUAGUUAGAGAAAGAGACUCGAGUUCCUCGAGACACUCUGGACACUCUGACGUUUUGCUGAACUCGCCAAGCCGCUGGAAGAUGGACCGUGCUGGAUGUAGUGUGUGUAUGUAUUCGUGUCUGUGUGUGUGUGAGAGUGUGAGAACUGUGUGUCUUUUCAGAAGACAGCUAACUAAGGAUUCCCAGGACGUUCGCAAUAUCGCUGGCUGCGUCUCCACAAGAGCUUUUACCUCAACUUUAUCAUGAAAAGUCCUUUAAUUAUCGCAGAUGUUUUAUACAGUAGACGCAGAGUAUUUCCAGCGGUACCGGGUCCGAGAUAAAUAAAAUAUUAAAAAAAAGAAAUAAAUAAAAAGAAGCGUGUUUCCUCCCUGUGACUUAGUGUAUUGUAAAUAAAUAAAAGUUAAUAAAAGGGGACAGGUUUAUUCAUUAUGUUAAAAGGCUACCUAUAAAGCGUUCUCUUUUACAAACCUUUAUGAUAUAUGCAGUAUGGAAGGGAUUUAAACACGACCAUGCAUCCUUUUUUUUUUUUUUUUUUUUCAAGGGCAGGAUCUCGGGUUCUUCAGUGCCAUGACGUUCAACAGUAUUGAUUUUUAUUCAUUCUGCACAUGAUGAUCUUAAGGUGUAGGCUUUCUCUCUCUCUCUCUCUCUCUCUCUCUCUCGCUCUCUCUCUAUUUAAACCAAAACCAGUCCAGAAUUAACUCUACUGCGUCAUUCAACCUCUCAUGCUGCGUUCACAAGAACCUAAGAUUUAUCCAAAAACAUGUCUUUAUCUUGUAGUAGAGCUGUUUUUUUCUCUCUCACAAUAUAGAAUUCCUCAAAGGAGAAAAUAUAUACUUAUACAGAAAUAAACUUUUCAUUCAGGGCUAAAAGAAGAAGAAGAAUGAAUUAUCUACGCGUGCGACUCGAGCAGCGUUCACAAGCUCAUCCUGGACCCUGAGAUUUAUAAAGUAAAAAAAAAAGCCUCUCAAUAAUGUCUUUAACGUGCCAGAGUAUUUAUCUCAUAUCUAUAUCCUGAAUUUUAUUCGCAACUUAUCGUAUUUUAGUAAAAUCGGGUCUUUCAAAUCAAAUCGUUCACGUUCGAAUCAUUUAAAUGAAAAAACGAAACAAAACAAUGAAUCGACUCACGAAUCGAUUCACCAUCCCUGUUUUUCCUUACUAGCACGUUCUCCGUUUUUGUCCUUUACUACGUGGAACUGCUGAUAGAAGCAUACAAAGGGGACAUGGCUUCAUAAAUAUUGGCACCCUUACAAGGGGAAAAAAAAAACCCCAAACAUUUAUAAGAGGAAAAUGUCGUCGUGGGUCGAGUCGCUCGAUCUCACGUUAGGAAAAUUUUGCUUGUUAUUUCUACAGUUAUUCUACAUACUUGCAUAACCUCCAGUAACCUUAAUUAAGGAAUUGUUCACAUUAGUCACUCAGUAGUAAUAAGCCAGGACUUUAAGGGAUCGUGUGUGUGCGCGUGUGUAUGUGUGUGUGUUAGAAAUAAAACAAUAAACCGCUUUUGUGACUUAAUGAGCUCACUGUACGAUUAACUUCAAAAGGAAUAACACACUACACACCGGCUCGCUGUUGAACCUGGGUGAGUCCAAAAUGAUCCGGUUUUAUCAAAACCUCUGUCUCGUCAGCGCUUUCCGUUCAAGGCUUGUCUCUCGAAAGUUGAGCAUCAGCUGGAAAAUUCAUCAAUGUUUACAGUUUUCUGGGCUUCUCAUCUCAAGGGUCAGAAGUAUUGGAACAUCAUCCGAAAAAAAAAGGUUCGACAAUCGACAGCGCUCGUUACAGUGAGACGCUUAUUUAGGAGCCGAAGACUGAACUUGGGAUUAAACGCAGAGGACGGAUCUCCGAGGGCGUCGUGAUCUUGCACACACUUCUGCCCACACCGUCUCUGACACUCUGUUUUGAGGUGUUAAAGCGUCCUUCAUAUAGUCCUAAUCUCGCUCCAUCAGACUUUCACCUGUUUGUUUCCCUGAAAGCAGAACUACGAGGACGAAGAUUCACUUCUGAUGAGGAACUGAAGACAGCGGUGCAUUCAUGACUCGCAGCUCAGAAUAAAAGUUCUUUUUUUUGAGGAAUACGGAAGCUUGUCGACUGAUGGACUAAGCGUAUUGAAAAGCAAUGGGAUUAUGUCGAGAUUACGUUGAGAUUAUUAAAAUGAAUUCUACAUCCAGAGAUCAUACGGAUCAUUUUUGACUCACCCCCGUACAUAGGAUCAUAAUCUGUAUUAAGUUGUGUAACAUGGAGUUAUAUAUAUAUUUUUUUCCUUAACUGCUUUAUUUCCAGAUGGCUUUAUGUCCCUAACUGCUUGUAUAAUAUUUAUAAUAAUAAUAAUAAUAAUGGGAAAUCUCCUAAAAAAUGACACUUGUAUCCAAGAAUAUAUUAACGAAGGAUGUUUCUCGGGACGGGUUUGGGAAAUCCUUGCGCAGAGAUCGUUCGUGUUGUCGCCUUUUCAUAUUAUCAUCCCUAAAUCGUUACGAAUCGCUCAUGGAUAGUCUUUAUUGUCGUUAAAAAAAAAUGUGAGUAGGUGGAGUGGGGUGAGGAAUCGUUCCAGUACAUCUGACUUCGAGUUUAAAAAAGAAAAACCCUACCUGAAAUCGCAUCCAUCAGCCGUACGCUUUACGACCAAUAAUGAACGUUUGCUGGAACUCGGGAUGUUGAACGCGCUCGCUGUCCACUUUCCGUUUGCAAUCAGUCAAAAUCCUUAAAGGGGUUUAUUAGCAUGUGUGUCUUUUAAGAAUGUAUAUAGUGCUUUUAUUACGUUUUUAUUUUCGGGUAUGGAAUUAAACCCUGGACCAUCAUGUUAACACUAAUAUACUGUAACUGUAACACCUGCUUUCCAACAAAGUGCCAACUUCCUAAAACAUCUGGCGUAGAAACAGGUGUGUGUCAGUGUAUUAACCUACAGUAUAGAUGCAAAAGGAAAUAUUAAAGGUUUAUCAGUUGAUCUGUUAAAUGUCUGAUGAUGAUGAAUAUAGAAACCCUGUGCUGACUGUAAUUACUGAUGAUGAUGAUGAUGAUGAUGAAGUGGUCACAGAAAAUGAAAACCAAACCCAGGCUACGUGAUACACAGUGUAAAUGAUUAUCGCGUCCUUUUUUCAAUCGCCAUUCGAUAAUUGUUCUUUCAUAUGUGACGCUCUUUUUGCAUAAUAAAGUUGUUAGGAUCAGAA